CGUGAGUUACAUUCCAACCCAACAUUGGUUUACUUCACCUUAGCCACGCCACAAAAAGUCUCUCCUGCGCGUGCUUCUCACCCUUCCUCUAUCUCUCUCGCUAGCUUUCUCUCUCGCUCGCGCUCUCUCAUGGAGACUUGGAGACGACUAUGACCAACUGUUCCGGCCUCUGCAGAAUUAUUUAGGGAAAAACCUUUAUCGAUCACGUCCGCGCCUACGCUUUACGGAGAAGAAUCCUCACUGCUGCCGCCGUUGCCGACUCUACGGGUGGUGCUUUCAAAACGGUGCGUGUUGCUGAUAUUUGAGAGAUCGGGGAAGUUAUGGAGGACGAUAAAGUAGCGCUGGUUCGGAGCCUCAUCGAUAUAGUGAACGAGAUUGCUUCGAUCUCCGACUUCAGGUAUACGGUCAAGAGGCAGUACUGCAAUCUGGCUAGAAGGUUGAAGCUGUUGAUCCCAAUGUUCGAGGAGAUUAGGGACAUCAAAGAGGCGGUCCCGGAGGAGAUCCUCAAAGCUCUGGUUUCCAUCAAGGAAGCUCUGCAGUCGGCAAAAGAGUUGCUCAGAUUUGGUAGCGAAGGGAGCAAGAUUUACCUGGUCUUAGAGAGGGAGCUAAUUAUGAAUAAAUUUCAUGAGGUGACAGCUCAACUGGAACAAGCUCUGAGUGGAGUUACCUAUGAAAAUCUUGACAUAUCAGAUGAAGUUAAGGAACAGGUUGAACUUGUUCUUGCUCAGUUUAGAAGAGCCAAGGGAAGGGUUGAUGCUCCUGAUGUUGAGCUUUAUGAGGAUCUCUUAUCUCUUUAUGACAAGGGCAAUGAUGCAGCAACAGAUCUAGCUGUCCUAAGGAGAUUAGCUGAAAAGUUACAAUUAAUGGGAAUAGCUGACCUAACACAAGAGUCACUAGCUUUGCAUGAGAUGGUUGCUGCCAGUGGGGGAGAUCCUGGGGAGAGCAUUGAGAAGAUGUCAAUGCUACUGAAGAAAAUCAAGGAUUUUGUGCAAACAGAAAACCCUGACCUGGAUGCUCCUCCCAGAGAAAAUAGUCUUCCUCCGAGCUGCAGUGCAUCCAAUGACAAAAAUCACAAGGCCCCAGUUAUACCAGAAGAUUUCCGCUGUCCAAUAUCCCUGGAGUUGAUGACAGAUCCUGUCAUUGUUUCAACAGGGCAGACCUAUGAACGAUCCUGCAUUGAGAAGUGGCUGGAUGCAGGGCAUGGAACAUGUCCAAAGACACAACAGACCCUCUCUAGCACUGCUUUGACACCCAACUAUGUUUUACGUAGCCUCAUAGCUCAAUGGUGUGAGACAAAUGGCAUUGAACCACCAAAACGACCCAGUAAUUCUAGAGCCAGUAAAACGACAUCUGCCUGUACACCUGCUGAACGUACUAAGAUUGAAAUUCUCCUUCGGAAGCUUGCAUCCAACAACCCUGAAGACCAGCAAUCCGCUGCGGCCGAGAUCCGCCUUCUUGCCAAGCGCAAUGCAGAUAACCGUGUGGCCAUUGCUGAAGCUGGUGCAAUCCCUCUUCUCGUUGGCCUCCUUUCAACAGCCGACUCCCGUACCCAAGAGCAUGCUGUGACAGCACUACUUAACCUCUCCAUAUGUGAGGACAAUAAAGGAAGCAUCAUAUCCUAUGGGGCAGUUCCUGGUAUAGUUUAUGUGCUCAAGAAGGGGAGCAUGGAAGCACGGGAAAAUGCAGCAGCUACCCUUUUCAGCCUCUCUGUUGUGGAUGAAAAUAAGAUUAGAAUUGGUAAUUCUGGAGCCAUUCCUCCACUUGUGACACUACUGAGUGAAGGAACGCAGAGGGGUAAGAAGGAUGCCGCAACAGCACUUUUCAACUUGUGCAUUUACCAAGGGAACAAGGGAAAGGCGGUGAGAGCGGGUGUUGUUCCGACAUUGAUGCGGCUCCUAACAGAACCAGGAGGAGGAAUGGUGGAUGAAGCGCUGGCCAUUUUAGCAAUACUGGCUAGCCAUCCUGAUGGUAAAGCUGCCAUUGGAUCUGCAGAGGCAGUGCCAGUAUUGGUAGAGGUUAUUGCGAGUGGUUCCCCCAGGAAUAGAGAGAAUGCAGCUGCAGUUUUGGUGCACCUUUGCGCUGGAGACCAACACCAUCUCAUAGAGGCCAAAGAGCUUGGAGUUAAGGGUCUACUGGAGGAUUUGGCACAAAAUGGCACAGACAGGGGCAAGCGAAAGGCUGCACAGUUGCUAGAGCGUAUGAGCAGGUUUGAUGAGCAACAGAAGCAGGCUCAGGCAGAAGCUCAGACGGAGCAGUCACAGCCAUCCUCAACGACUGAUGCCGAUGAUAGCUGAGGUUUUUAUUUUCACUCGCUUACAUGUUUUUAUUUUCCCUUUUGGGUUCUUUUAAGGUAUUGAAAGGGGAGGGCUUUUGCUUCGGAGGGAAAGGUGGAAGAUCACCUACCCCAUCUGUAAGUUAUUCGUUUGUGUUUGGACUGAGGACCUUAUUUUGAAGAGAGAUUGAAAGAGCCUUUAAUUCAAUGGGUGGGGAGAAACACAAAGGAAAGGGCUGAGAUGUAUAUGACAUAUAUGGGAAAUAUACCACUGUAACAUGUACGACUGCAAUCAUCCUCGGUUUUAAUGAAGAGAUGUUUCCUGUA